AUUAGUAGUGAAUAGUUAUAAAAGCAAGUCUUAAUACGAUUUACUAUAUUAUUUGUCUUUAUUUCUCAUUUAAGUUGUGAAAUCGGAAACAAACUGUUAAAUAAAUAUUUGUAAUCAGUUCCACGGCAUCCUUGGGAUUGUUUUGACAUGAAACAGCCUGCGUAUCAGAAACUGCAAGCAGGUAGUAGUUCCGGUUGCGCUGACUCACCUAUUCGAUCAGUGUUUCGUUCUCUAGCUUGGGUGACAGCAACUGUUUUUAUAGCUUUGGGAUUGUAUCAUAUUUCCACAAUGGCUUCAAUUUCCAAAACUCCAAUUACGAUAGCUGAUCAGGCAAAAGCUGCAGCUGCACUUCAGAACUUUACUGUUUCUUUGUUCCAGGCAGUCGGAAAGCAUCAUAGCCCAACAGAAAAUGUUUUCAUUUCUCCUUUUAGCGUUGCUGCAGUUUUAAGUAUGGUAGGUGUUGGUGCCAGAGGCAAUACAGCUGUACAACUAAAGAAAUCAAUGGGCCUUACAAACUAUGUAGCUGAAAAUGGCAAUAGUGAUAGUGUGAUUGGAAGCCUUAUUCAAAGCAUCAAGGGUGAUGAAAAUUUUACUCUCGAAGCCGCUAAUCAGCUUUACGUUGCCGAAAAGUAUCAGCUCACUGAAGACUUUAAACAAAACUUGAAUGACAAUUAUGGAGCCGCUGGGCAAACUGUUGAUUUUGCCGUAGAUGCUUCACGCACAAAAAUCAAUGAGUGGGUGGAAGAAUUCACCCAGCACAAAAUUAAAGAUCUUCUCCCUGAAGGAUCGGUGAAUUCUUUAACCAAAUUGGUGUUGGUCAAUGCCGUCUAUUUUAAGGGAAAUUGGAUGCGAAAAUUCGACUCGUCGCUUACCGCAGUAGAACCUUUCUAUUUAGGAUCCAAAGACAAACAAAAGAAUGUUAAUAUGAUGCAUAUUGAUGCGGAAUUUCGCACUGGAUACAUCGAGAGCCUAGACGCUCGACUUUUGGAGCUGCCCUAUGUGGGUCGGAAGUUGAGCAUGUUCAUCGUACUUCCCAACAAAAUUGAUGGGUUGCCUGAAUUGGAAUUGAAAAUGCACGAGGCUUCUCUGGACGACUCCAAUGUAGAAAUGCGUAGUGCUAAACUGCAUGUGGCUAUCCCAAAAUUCAAGCUGGAUGCUGAUAUUAAACUGAAAGAUAUUUUAAUCGAAAUGGGAAUAGCUGAUUUGUUUGACGCAAACGCUGCUGACUUUUCUGGAAUAUCGGGAGAGAAAGACCUUUUUGUGUCCAAUAUAUUCCACAAAUCAUUUAUCGACGUCAACGAAGAAGGAAGUGAGGCUGCUGCUGCAACAGGUAGUACCAGUAGAAAGAAGAGAUCAUUGAAUUUCGAGGAAGAUCAGAUAGUGGAUCCUUUUAUCGCUGAUCACCCUUUCAUGUGGCUAUUACGAGACAAUGAUUCCGGCAUGUGGAUCUUCCUCGGACGAUAUGUUGACCCAAUUUUCAUUCGUGCCAUUCCCGAAAUAACACCAACCCACCAUAAUGAUGAGCUUUAAGCAUAACGGUUUCGUUUAAGCCAGCUUCUGGGAUCCGUGUGUUCCUUUUAAGUUUUGAGAUUUGGCGCAGUGAUGAUGACUCGAAUGAUGAUAUUCCCUCUGGAGCCUCCUGCACCAUUUGUUGCUGAUCAUCCUUUUUACUAUUUCAUUCGGGACAAUGUAACAAAGUUGAUCCUCUUUUCCGGGCGUUUGGCUCAACCCCCC